CUUGGUUUUCAUUUCUUGGUGAGGAAGCAUCUGGGCAAGUGUGAGCUUGGGGCAAUUGGACUUCUGGUGUGGAGGGACUGUGCACCUUGGAGGGGUCACGGUGGCUGCUGAGUGAGUCCCCUAGGACUUGGUCCUCCUCUGGAAUACCUGUCUUCAGCCUCGUCACGGCCGACUUGAGUCCAGAGGCCUUGGACUGAGUCUCAUCAAAUCUGAGCCUGGCCUCCACCAAAUUAGAGUCACUGUGUCAACCUCCAACAAGAUGGCGCUGGGAGACCAGGGGCUGGAGCUGACACUGCUGCCUGGGAUGGGAACUAUGCGGGGAAUCCCUCCCAGUUGCAGGAGUCCAGGAGAGGCCCUGGCAGGAUUCCAGAUAAGCCUCUUGCCCAGGGACACUGGCCUGACACCUGCUGCCUCUGGCAAGAAGAUGAACCGGCUCUGUCUCUCUGCGGCUCUCCUGGUCCUCCUGGCCAUCUUGGUGGUGGGCACCAGUUCCCAAGAUGCGCCGCCGGCCUUCUGCCUGGAGCCUCCCUACACGGGCCCCUGCAGGGCCUCGAUGAGGAUGUUCUUCUACAAUGCCAACUCGGGACACUGCGAGACCUUUGUGUACGGUGGCUGCAGGAGGAAGAAGAACUCCUUCCUGAAGGAGGAGGAGUGCAUGCGGGUCUGUGGGGGACAUGGCCACAGCGCUGAUGGCAUCCAGCUCUGAGCGUCAACCAUGGCGAGCGGUGGUGGCCCGGGCAUCUUCCAGAAAGAGAUCUUCCAACCCCUGUGAUGUGGGACAUAUUUGCUGUCUUUGUGACUUUAGAUGCUCUGGCCUUAUAUUAAACCAACUGCAAUGGA